AUGUCGGGUCGGAGUGCCUAUGUCCGUAAAAAGGGUCGGGAGGCCAGUCAAGCGCGGCCCAAGUCCAACAACAGUGCGGACAAUGGUACGAACAGCGAGUUGCCCAGCGGGGCCAUGCCCGGUCUCUCACAUGACCGUGACUUUAUGGGGGAGAGGGACGUCCUCGAUGGAAUGCUUCCAUACUACGAUGAGACGCCCCGCUACGGCAACCAAAGGGGUAGGAGUCAAAGCGGACCUGGCUUGGAUCGUAUGAGAGAAGGCCCCAGCACAUCGCACUUACACAGUCAGCCGAACGAGUUGGCACACUCCCGGGCAAGGGGACUGCCGACCAAGACAGAUGACGUUGCUGAGAUCGAGAGGUCUGGUUUGAGGAUUGCACUGGACAAGAAAACUGACGAAGUUCGGAAAGGCCUGGUGAAAGCCUUCACCUUCAAGAAGAAACACAAGGGCAGCGAUGACGCUGAGCCGGCCACCGACACCCGACCAGAGUCUUCGGCAACUGUACGACCAGCUCAGGGCGCUGGUGUUCGUUUCCAAGGCCAUGACGACGAAUAUGACUCCGCCAUGCCGUCCGCUCGCUAUCGCGCGGCGCCUCAGGGCCCUAGAUCUCGGUGGAACGAGGCGGGCAACGCGGCGAUGCCUUCGAACCCCCUGCCGGUUGUGGCCGAAGCCUCUGCUUCGCUUAUCAAGCGUUGGAUCGGUGCCGGAAGACCUAUGCAGCGGUGGAAUAAGCUUCGGAAGGACCCCGAGCUGUGGGAUCCAACUGGCGAUGUUCUUGUCUUCCUGGGCCGAAAAGACCAUUCACGACAACUGAAGCCUUCGUUCCGCCUGUCGUCGCACAUCAUCGAGGCAACCGAAUCUCGCUACCUCCUCACGCUCUUGCGGGAAGGGUCCACUGACGAGGACGUCGACUUCCCUUCUUCUCCUGCUGGCGCUCUGCCGAUGCCGCAGUGUUACGGGUCGUUUGAGCAGGCUGCUCAUCAUGUCCCAGGAGAAUAUGGCCAUGGGGCUCAACCAACCCCUCCUGGCUCGGAGGAUAGCGGCAGCGUGUGGGAGAUGGAUGGGCAGAUCUCGUAUGAGAUGUACCUCCCCGCGCCACCCAACCUCCCGCGGCUCGACCAGCUUCGAUACCACAUCACGACCCGCAAUGUAUUUGCAUUUAUUUCCUAUGCUUCACUGGUGGGGCUUUCUCUCUUCCAAGCCCUGACAGACCUCUCUACUCGUCUCGAAUCCUACAUGCCCCGGACGUCUGAUACCCUUGGGGCUCUUCUUCGGUAUGUCUCUGCCAAGGGCCUUGACGAUGUGCGGAACGACCCAGAGACAGCCGUGAGCCUGUUGGCGUGGAGCGAAAGCAGUGAGGUUCGGUGGGAGGCAGGAUGGCGGGAGAGUUUUGUACACUGCGCCGGCAUGUACGGGCAGCUCGAGAAGUGCGCCGACUUCAAACAUGUGACGCCAAUCACUCGGGGUCUGCUAGAACGUGUCUCCCUCGAGACACAGCUGCGCAUCCAGGCUGCUGAGGAGCGCUUGGCGGAGUUCGACUACGGCGACAUGUGGCCGUCCUCGGUGGCGGUUACCGCCAACACAAGCGGGCCGGUCGUCACAGCGCCGGCCAAGGCGGCCAUGGAUAGACUACAGCAGUUCUUUGUGCAGUACUACACUCGGCAGUUCGGAUCAUGGCCACCGCCGGUAUCGCGGAGCCGUGGUGGCCUCUCGGCUCAGGUUGGAGAGGACGAAGAGGACAUCUGGCUGACAAGAACCGUGGGGCAGCUGCUACAAAAAGACUUUGCAGCUUUGUAUGACUAUCUUGUCAACCGUGAUAUCGUAUGGGAUGAGUCCGAAGCUCGUCCGAGUCGCAAGUGGAUGAUGGUCAGCGAAAGCGGAACGCAGGGACUCGAAACGGACACGCCGGAUCUGCCCAUGACGGACAUGCUCAUCGAGUUCGACAACAAACAUCGCUUCCCGCACAUCCCCUAUCCCUAUCCGCUCGUGCCGGUCUCCAUCGCACCACGGUCCGGCAGCAGCAGCCCGACAAAAGAGGGCUCGGCGGGCGGGAUGUUUGGCGGCAAGUCAGUCAAGAAGAAUGCCAGCAGGACGAAUGGGGCCGGUCGGAUGGGGGCAGACGAGCGACGCAUCCAACUGGCAUAUACGGAAGCGACCAACAUAUGCAUCCUCGGGUCGGACUUUAUCCACUCGGACCUCAUCGACGCCUUCAGCAAAUUCGAGAAAACGGAUCACCUUGGGCGGAUCGAUCCGUUCACCGCCCGGCGCGCUCGCUGGGUGCUCAUCUACGGCAUUCUACAGACUCUGGCCAGCGUUUCUGUCGACGCACCCGGCAUACGGUACAAGGACGAUGUGUCAUACCAUAUCUCGCCGCGGCUGAAGGGCGUAAAAGUGCCCCCAUGGAAAACCGGUGGGCCUCGCCUGAACACGCAUGAAGCGGCCCACGAGCUGUCACACUGCUGGACGGUGCCGGCUAGAUGG